AAACAAGAUCCACCUCGAACCUCUCUCCGCCUCCGUCUCUCUCUCUCUCUCUCUAUUUCUGUGUGUCUCACUUCUUGCCCUGCCCCCUCUUCUUCCUCUCAGCUCAUCUCUCACCCAAAAUCCUCAGUUCCCUCUCACUUCGCUAGCCGGAAUCUCAGUCGGGGCUUCAGAAUUCGCCGUCAAAAUCCGAUCUUUCCGGUGUUCUCUGCUCGGUUCCCAGCUCAUCGUCGGCGCCGCCGCUUCUUCUGCCGUCAUCAUCGCCGCAGUCUCCCGUUUGGGUCCUCUCAGCGCUCAAGCUCGGUGAUUUGCGUGGAAUCGGGCCGAAUCAGGACGAUAAUUGAAGUGGGUCUGAGUUAGAUUCGGGGAAGAAUGAGGGAAUCGGAGGAUGGGAAUUGGUUCUCCAAAUGGGAAGAGGAGUUUCUGCGGCCUGAUGAGCUGAUGCCCUUGACUCAAACCCUAAUCACCCCCGACCUCGCCAUCGCCUUCGACAUCAGGAGCCCCCUGACGAGCAACAAUAACCCGAGCGUCAGCCCCCCGCCACUGCAGAACCCCGCUUCGAACCACCUCCCGGCUGCGGUCGCCUCGCCCCACCCAGGCUCGGCCGAGUUCACUGACUCGGGGGAGCUCGGGGGAGGGACCGGGACAGGGGAGGAGCCUGCGAGGACGCUGAAGCGGCCGCGGCUCGUGUGGACCCCGCAGCUCCACAAGCGGUUCGUGGACGCCGUGGCCCAUCUCGGGAUCAAGAACGCCGUCCCGAAGACCAUAAUGCAGCUGAUGAGUGUUGAUGGACUGACCAGGGAAAACGUCGCGAGUCACCUGCAGAAGUACCGGCUCUACCUCAAGCGGAUGCAGGGGCUAUCGGGUGGCGGGGGAGGUGGUGCGGUGGGAGCGGCCGCGGCCGCUGCCGCGUCAGACCCCGCGACGGAGCACCUCUUCGCGAGCUCCCCGGUGCCGCCCCAUUUCCUGCGGCCAAAUGCGGACCAUUUCCUGCCAUUCGUGCCGGUCCCGGCCCACCACCACCACCACCACCAGCAGAUGGCGGCCGCUGCAGCUGCAGCUGCAUACCACCGGCCUGUUGGGCAUUUCGGGUCACCGCCAAAUGGGCAGUUCGAGCACCCUUUCUUGACUAGGCAGGCCCAGCAGCACGUCCACCGAGUGGGGCCGCAAUUGCACAGUCACGGCCCUCUGCAGCCUUAUGCGGAAGACUUGGAGUCACCGGUUAAUAAUGCGAAUGGAGGAGGGAGGAAAGUUCUCACUCUGUUCCCAACCGGAAAGGAUUGAGUUUAAGGGUAAAUUUUGAAAUCGUCUCUUUUCCCCUCUGUGCCUUUUCUUUACCUCUUGAUGACUGAGUUUCUGGGUCCUGUGAAGUUGAUGUCUGUGGGUAACCUCGUUAGAGUUUGUUUCGUUAUCAGUGUUCCUGUUCUUGUUGCAGCUGUUGUUGUUGUUCAGCUAGUUUUUAUUAGCAUAAGCUUAAGUUAGCAAAUUGAUGGGGUGGGGGAUAUGGAAAUGAAAAUGAUUCAAGACAGCAACUAUUUGGCUUAGUAUUUAGCUCGGGACUCGGGAUUGGUGGUUAGGAUAUGCACACAAAAGGGCUGUCUUCGUGAGUUCGUUCUCCGAGAAUUGAAUGGGUUUUAGUUCCCCAGGUUGGAUCUCUGGCAUUGAGUUCUCUGUGUAGUGUCGAGCUCUGUGUCUCCUCAGUCAGUGUUUCUAAGUUAAGCGUUUCGAUGUUUUAUGUAGAGUUGAUAUCUGUGUUUCUUGUACAUGUAUGACUCUAUAGAGGACUUGAAAACUCCCCGAUUUAGGGGGCUCUUUCAAUGAGAAGCUCCAUUAGUAAGAAAUUAUUCGUGGCCAGACCGAACUGUAUGUUUCUUGAAUCUUUAAGGUGAUGCUGAUGUUUCUCUCGUUUCCUUUAUUA